UCAUGAUGUAAAUAUGCGGCAACUACAAAAAUCAAACGACAGUGCAGUUUGUUGGCCUACCUGACCUGCAAAAAUACUCCAAAAAUGUCACUUUUAAAGGCUUCUGUGAUAUUCAUUAUUGUUUUAGCAGUUAAACCUGCUCCAACACCAGUAUACUUGAACCAAAACGUGAUUUCUUGCAUUCAAUGGUUUUACACCGCAGCUGAAGCUAGAAGAACUAGAAACAUCUCGUGUUUGGGAGAAUAUGAUUUUUUGUCGAACGACAAGCAAAUCCAGAAAAAGGCAUUUUUGGAUGGCAAAUCUUGCUUCCUCGAUGUAACCAAAACCAAGUGCAGUUCCGGCUAUAAGAAGAUCUCUGAAAAUUAUGAAGAUAUUGUGAAUUUUCUCACGACACCACCCAAUCCAACACCGGAUAGUUGCGAGGGCUCCUAUUAUUUUUACGAAUCAUUUAGAUGUACAGCUUUGAUCAAUGGGUUUUAUGAUAAGGCAGAACGUAUCUCACUGGAAGUAGAUUCUCACGAAACCAGGGUAACGGAAGUGCUUGAUCAAUGUUUUCAAGCAGCGGUAUGCGAAAAAUCACACUGCUUUUACAUGGAUCCAGAAAGCGCAAAGCUGUCGGACACAUGCGAAAGCAUGGCACUGAAAAACAGUUACUUCCUGAAAUGUGUUGCCGAGCUUGAAGAAAAACGUCCAGAUGUCUCUUCAUAUCGUUGCCUCAAUGGAACGGACAUUUAUAGUGAGGAUCUGUCUGUUCAAAUCGAGCUUUUCACCACAAAAAGAGGAUGUUCUAGAUGGGUUAUGAUGAAGCAUUGCGGUGAGAAGUCAAUGAUUGAUUUCCGGCAGAAUGCGGAGAUUUAUGUCAAAACUCUUGAGAAAACAAUUCAAAGUGGAAUGACUGGAUGAGCCUGAAACAUUUUGAAACUUCUAAUAAACUCAUUAUUA